AUGAACGCCUGCCUGCUGUUGGCGCUGUGUCUCCUCGGGGCCUGUGCUUCCCUAACAAGUGGAGUCAUUGUGCAGGAUGGAGAGUUCUCCUUUUCGCUGGAGUCCGUGAAGAAGCUCAAGGGCCUUCAAGGGUUCCAGCAGUCUGGGGGUGGACACCACCGUAAGGCCAUCAUGCUGGCUGAAGGCAUGGCCGAGCCGGGGGUCCCCGUCUUGUGUAGCCACCCCGGCUUCCCCAAAGAGCUCAGGCCUCUCUGCAAGGAACCCAACGCCCAUGAGAUUCUGCAGCGGCUGGAGGCCAUCGCCGAAGACCCGAGCACGUGUGAGCUCUGUGCCUACGCGGCCUGCGCUGGGUGCUAG